GAUAGAUAAAAAAAUAAUAUGAGAAGUGAUGUGAUAUAAAAUGCAAAAAAAGAUAAAAAUAAGAUGAAAGAGAAAAUAAAAUGUGUAUGCAUCAAAACUAGUUCCGGUACCUAUACUAUACCCGUAUUGGUGCAACAUAGGUAAUGACCUCAUACCAGCCUUGUAAGAAUCAUCGACCACUUACCACCUCAAAGAUCUAGUGAUGAAUAUAUAACUAAUAGUCCAUACAUGCAAGUAAGCACAUUUCUCUCAGAUCAAGCAUUUCCUCUGUUUCAUUCACAUGGCUUCUCCAAGCAACUCCAUCAAAAUCCAUGAGAACUGCCUCAUAGCUCCUCCUCCUUCUUCAACCCACUUCUCUCUCCCUCUCACCUUCUUCGACAUGUUCUGGCUCAGGUUCCACCCUGUUGAGCGCAUCUUCUUCUACUCUCUUCCUCUCCCUCAUUCACAGCCAUCCUUUUUCUUUGACCAAGUGGUUCCAAAGCUCAAAACCUCACUCUCUUUCACCCUCCAACACUUUCUCCCAUUAGCAGGGAGCAUAGUUUGGCCUUCUGAAUCAGAUAUACCCAUCAUUCAAUUCAACCCUGGUGAUGGAGUUUCCUUGGUCCUAGCAGAGUGUGAUGAUGAUGAAGAUGAUGAUGUUGCAGAAUUCAAUCAGAUGUUAAAGCACAAUUCACCUCGUGAAGCAACAGAGUCUCGCAAAUUCGUACCCGACUUGGAAUCUUCAGAUUCUCGUGCCUCUGUUUUCUCCCUGCAGAUUACUCUGUUUCGAAACAGGGGAUUCUGCAUAGGCAUCAGCACCCACCAUGCUGUUCUUGAUGGAAAAUCUUCAACCAUGUUCAUUAAGGCCUGGGCUUUAACAUGUAAAACCCGUGAAGAUACACCAUCUUUGGCGCCUGAAUUGGAACCUUUCUUCGACAGGGAAGUCAUCAAAGAUCCAAGUGGGCUUGGUAGCGUGUUCGUGAAUAGCUGGAAAGAAAUCUCAUCCAAACUUGACCCUUCUGGUAACAGCAACGAGCGAAGCUUGAAGAUCAUGUCAAACUCAAACCCAUCUCAAGAAAUCGCUGAGGGCAAAGCUCGAGCCACGUUUGAGCUCACACGUGAAGACAUAGAGAAGAUAAAGAAAAGGGUGUUAUCCAUGUGGCACAAGGUGGAAGAAGGAGCACAGGAAAAAACACAACCAAUAAUCGAUUCCUCAAAGCCAAAUACUUUGUCAACAUUUGUUGUUACCUGUGCUUAUGUUUCUGUCUGCAUUGCUAAAGCCAUUCAAGAAUCUGAAAGGGACAAAGAUAAAGUACAUAAAUUUCUUUUUGGGUUCACCAUGGAUUGUAGGACACAGUUAAAGCCUCCAAUCCCUGAGAACUAUUUUGGAAAUUGUGUGUCUUCUCAUAUAGUGGACAACACUGACUCUGAGGACUUCACAAAGGAAGAUGGGGUUGUAAUUGUUGCUAAGAGCAUUCAUAAGAAGAUUAAAAUGUUGCAUCAUAGGGGACCACUUGAUGGAGUAGAGACAUUGAUGGUUAGGUUCAUGUCUUUUGUAAGUGAGGGAGUUGUAUCAAUUGGAGUUGCAGGAUCGAAUCGAUUUGGAGUUUAUGGAACUGAUUUUGGUUGGGGGAGGCCUAAGAAGGUGGAGAUAACUUCAAUUGAUAGAAACUUAACGAUUGGCAUGGCAGAGAGCAAGGAUGGGAAGGGUGGUGUUGAAGUUGGGUUGGUUCUUGAUAAGCAUGUGAUGGGUCUGUUUGGUACUUUUUUCCUAGCAGGGCUAUGCUCUGACUGAGGGUAACAUAGCAACCCUCAAAGCAGAGCUUGUGCAGUUGAAGGCAAAAUAAGAUGAGGGAUCUUAUGCUUUUAUGGCUCUUGGAAACCAUUCUCCUUUUCCUAUUUAUGAACUUGAGGAUGAGGAGGACGAUCAUUAGGAAUAGGGGUAAAAUAAAUAAAUUACCAACGGUAAUUAUGUGCUCUAUUAUGUCAACAAUAUAUUGAAUAUAUGAGUUGUCGGUAAUUUAUUCAUGCCUAAAAUUAUCUGUAAAUUACUAGUGGCUUUAGUCGUGGAUAAAGUACUAACAAAUUUUCGAAGGCUUUAUGACCUUCGGUUUUUUGUCGCUAACAAUCCAUUACCAAAGGCUUUUAGAGCUUACAAACAGUUUAUGACUGUCAGUAAUGGUGAGUUUUAUUGUAGUA